UAGAAUAAACAAUGAGGAAGGCUGUUCAGUUUCUUAGCACACCAAUAAUGACGACAAACAAAUAUAUUCCAUCAUCAUUGAGGUCAAAUGAGGCACAAGCCAAAGCAAAUCUUUAAUAUGCCUCACACAACAGGCAAUCUAGCUAGCUAAUCCGUCUGUUUAUUCAUUAUUAAUCAUUAUUUUUAUCUUUUGUUCUGGUGUCACAACCAAGGGACGUACUGAAAACUGGUCUCGCAAUGAUGAUAUACUAGUAGUACUAUACAGAUGUUGAUGAUGCUGACAGAUGCAACAAGAAUAAUGUGUGCCUGCGUUGAAAGAGGGAACGCAGGGUACGGUACGGUGUGCGUGGUGUGCAUGCAUGGCGGUGGUGCGUUGCGUAGCGUACGGGAGAGAGAGAUGGAGCACGAGAGCGACGGGGCGGGGCGUCACCGGAGGGUCGCCGGGGACGUUACAGCUCGCCGCGUUGCCGGGGGCGUUGGCCACUCCAUUUGUUUAUCCUCUCGAUCCCAUACAGAGAGAGAGAGAGAGAAGCCUACCACCUAUAUAUCGCGUGCUUGCCCUUGCGACAUCUAUCCCUGCAACCAGCAACCGUUUCUCCGAGAAACCUGCUCGUCUCUCCACGCCACAUCUAUCAUCGUCUUCCUCGUCGUCGUCCUCCUCCUCCUCCUCGCUCCUAGACUGGAUCAAAUCCUGGCAUGCAUCUCUGGUCAAGCUGAUGAGGUAGCGUUGAUCAGAGUAAUUGCCUGCACCUGUCUGUUGUUCUCUGUCAAUCUCCAGGCCGAUCAGUUGGUGGGUGUCCGGGCUGUUCAUCCGUUGAAGCGGUCUCGGAUUUAUUGUCUACUGGUCAACAGGAAGGCAGUAGUUUUCCGAUCGCAAUUGCUGUGUACAUGUGGUGUGUUAAAAUACACACCAGGUCUUGCUUGCAAAGGUCUUUCGGGUUGCAUCAGCGUCGUCGUCGUGGUUUGAUCCCAUCCUAAUCUCUUUUAAUUUGUUUGCCAGCACGUAACCAGCCCUCUUUCGCCCCAUCCAAAUCCCUCGCACACCCAAAAAAUAAUUCCAAAUCUCUUGCUGCCCCGCCCGGCGGCCCCAAGAAUUCGAUCUCCGGUUGUGUCGUCGUCCACCCUCGUCCGAUCCCGACGACGAUUGCAUAAAGCAGCUGCCAAACUCAUUGCCGUUCGUCGAUCGCCGGUAAGAACCGUCGUCGUCGUCGUCGUCCAGCACGCGCGGGCGUGAGACACGCAGCAGCGGCGGCGGCCGCAGGCGCUGUAGUGUCCGUCCGUCGUCGACCCAACACAUCGAUCGCGUGCGGUUGAUCCGUUGACGGCGGUCGCUACCUGCUGCCUGCUGGUGGAUCGCCUUGCCUUGCACCGAGCGGCGGCAGAUCGUCGUUGGGCGCCAUGCACGGCAACGGCGGCCGCGGCGACCAGCACUCGCCGAGGUCGGCCAAGUCGGUUUCCCCCCGCGGCGGUGGCGAGCAUGACCAUCAUUACUCCCCGUCAGCCAAGACCCCGCGCGGCGGCGGCGGCGGAGCAGGAGCAGCGGCGUCCCCGAUGAAACUGCUGCCGAGCAGCGCGGCGUGGCUGGUGGACAGCCGGUGGGCGCUGUCGGCCGCGCUGAGCCUGCUGCUGUUCCUGGCCGUCGCGCUCGCCGUGACGUCCUCCUCGUCGUCCUACAUCUCCUCGUCGUCGUCCUUCUUCUCCUUCCUGCCCGCCACCCGCGCCGCCGACUUCGUGGAGGGGGAGCGUGCCCGGCCGCAGGCAACAGCCGCGGCCAACGACACGGCUCCCCCGCCCGGCUCCGGCGUGCCCCGGCUGGCCUACCUCAUCUCCGGCUCCAAGGGCGACCUGGACCGGCUGUGGCGCGCGCUGCACGCGCUGUACCACCCGCGCAACCAGUACGUGGUGCACCUGGACCGCGAGGCCCCCGUGGCGGAGCGCCUGGAGCUGGCGGCCCGCGUCGCCAACUCCACCGUCUUCCGCCGCACCGGCAACGUCCACGUCGUCCGCCGCGCCAACAUGGUCACCUACCGUGGGCCCACCAUGGUGGCCAACACGCUGCACGCCUGCGCCAUCCUCCUCCGCCGCGGCGGCGCCUGGGACUGGUUCAUCAACCUCUCCGCCUCCGAUUACCCGCUCAUGACGCAGGACGACAUUCUGCACGUAUUCUCGACGGUGCCAAGGAACGUCAACUUCAUCGAGCACACGGGUAACUUAGGCUGGAAGGAGUGGCAGCGGGGUCGGCCUAUGAUCGUGGACCCAGGGCUAUACGGCUCCAAGAAGGAGGACCUGUUUUGGGUGACGCCGAAGCGGGCACUACCGACGGCGUUCAAGCUCUUCACGGGCUCGGCCUGGGUGGCGCUGACGCGGGACUUCGUGGAGUACACUGUGUGGGGGUGGGACAACCUGCCGCGCACCCUGCUCAUGUACUACGCCAACUUCGUCUCCUCCCCAGAGGGCUACUUCCAGACGCUGCUCUGCAACGCGCCGCGCUUCGUGCCCAGCGUCGCCAACCACGACCUCCACCACAUCCAGUGGGACGUGCCGCCGAAACAGCACCCGCACGCGCUCGCGCUCGCCGACAUGCCCGCCAUGCUCGCCAGUGGCGCGCCCUUCGCCAGGAAGUUCCCGAGGGACGACCCCGUGCUCGACGCCAUUGACGACGGACUCCUCGCGCGCCCGCGCCCCGCCAACGGCACUAGUACGGCAGGAGAGGUGGCGUUCGUGCCCGGCGGCUGGUGCGGCGCCGACGCCACGUGCGCGGCCGUGGACAACGACUGGGUGCUCAGGCCUGGCCCCGGAGCCGAGCGCUUCGGGAGGCUCAUCGACAGGAUCGUCAGGUCCGAGGCCUUCCCCAACAGGCAGUGCAAGUAAUAGUCGACAUGCAUCAUGUGUCAUGUCAUGUGUGUGUGUGUGUGUACAGGAAAAAAGAACACCAGCCGAUUUGUGCUCAUGUAGUGGACUGGAGAUGAUCGUAGCUCACCUCUUCAUCAUAUAACAAAUACACACAUAAAAACAAGGGGACAUCCUGUUAGUGUUAACCAAGUUCAGAAUCAGAAAACAUGUUGGCAUGUUUGUGAGACUA